CAUAUUAUAAACUUUUGGUCAAACUGAAUAUGGUUGGAAGAGGUUAUUUAAAGAAAUACUAGGUACAACAGGUCCAGUGUUGCAUAAACCUCGAUACUUGCGGUUUUGUUUCUUAAUUUCGUAGAGCAUAACAUGCAGAAUACGAGGCCCGUUGUUUUAGCUUAAAAAAAGUAGAUUUUUUCUUUUAUUUUUCAAAAAUGAUUUUUAUAUAAAUGUAUUUUUAAAUAUUAAACUUUUUUUAAAUUUGUUUUUUAUAAAUUAAAAGACUAAUUUUGACAUCGUGUAACAUAAAUUUAUAUUAUUGAAGAUUAAAAAUAGUCAAAAUCACAAUUUUUUUUAAAAAGAUGUAUCUCAAAAAUAAUUUUUAUGAAAUAGUUUCAAAUUUAAUUGAUUUUUUGAAAUUUUAAUAUCCAUACACAUUUAUAAUAAAAUGAUGAAAUAUCUAAAGUAACAUUUUAAGAGUAACUAUUCAGACCUAUUUUUCAUUUAAAACAAAAAUAUAUAACAUUAUAAAACUUCUUUUUGAAAAAAACCUGAAGCAAAUGGGCCCAUACAAAAGAGUUAAAAGUUGGCUAUGUUUUUGAGAAUUUUCUCUUUUUGUGCAUUGAUGAUAUUAAGGCUUUAAGGUGCUAUUUCAUCCCCUACUAAAUACUGGCUUUCGCAUUUUAAUAUUAGGAACAGCAGGUCCGUUGUUGCAUAAACCUCUUUACUUGUUGUAUAUUUGUUUGUUUCUUACUUUAGUACGACCUAACAUGCAUGAAUUAAUACACAAAGAUUGAAAACUUGUCUACAAUUUUGAGAGUUCCCUCUUUUUAAUGUAUUGAUGUCCUUAGAGUAUGUUUGGAUGAGGUAAUUGAAAUUUUUUAAAUUUUUUAACAAUUUUCAUAUUUUUUGUUCAAAUAAUAAAUUUUGUCCAAUUCACUUUAAAAUGCUUCAAAACAUUAUAUUCCCUCAUUUAAAUCCCUCAUCCAAACACACUAUUUCAUCUCUUAGUUUAAAUAACAUGAAACUCAAAUAGAUGACAACUCCGUGGACAGAAUAGAUGACAACUCGAAUAGGCUUUAGUUGGUAAUCCUUGAUACGAAAAAUCUUUUAUAUAUUAUUAUUAUUAUUAUUAUCAUUAUUAUUAUUAUUAUUAUUAUUAUUAUUAUUAUUAUGUGAGGAUUAAAUAAGAAAGGAAAGCUAAUUCAAUAUCAUCAAGACAAAAUAACAACAUCCUAAUAGAUGCUGAUAAUAUUUUCAAUAUCUCAGUAGUACUCCCCCUUAUGGUAAUGCAUAUACAUCAUAUGCAUCUAUUUUGUCACAUAUACAAGUUACCCGAGGAUUUCGUAGAGAUUUAGGGAAGAUAUCAAAAAGUUGUUGUUGGAAUUGGCAAAGAAGGUUUUGAUGAUUCUACAGAGAUAAUCUUCUUUUUAAGAAAGUAACAAAUGACUUCUAUAUAUUUUGUUCUCAUGAAAAACUGGAUUGAAAGAGAGGCACAAAGCUAAUUGGUUAUCCCACACAAGUUUCAUCAGACCACUUUCACAAAAAUGAAGUUUUUGUAAUUAAUGCUUCAACCACAAAAGCUCGCAUGUGGAAUGAGCCAUAGCUCAAUACUCGACCGAGCAACAAUUUGCAUUUUGCUCUACCAUGAAAUCAAAUGUCCACCUGUGAAACACAAUAACCAAACGUGAGUUGUCUAUCACUUGCAUCUCCUAUCCAGUGAAAACAAGCCCUUUCAAGAAGACCCUUUGAUGUACUUCAGAAUUCUAGCAACUUCAUUACAAUGUCACUCACAAGGAGAGGUGAUGAACCAACUUACUACUCUGACAGGAAAAGACCUUCCUAGUUUGGUCAUGAUGUCUUUCAUUAAAUCUGAUUUGGAGGAGAUGGGUUGUAUUAUUUCCGGGACAGAUUGUAACUUAACCGAGCAACUUCUUCCCUCUAAGCAUUCAUUUUUCAUUCGUGAAUCAAGAUCCGGUGUGAGGCACACAAAUGUUUUACUCAGAGGAGCUGUUUUUCGAUCCUUCAGUAUCAACUUUUUCACGUAUGGUUUCCCGGUCUCCUUGUUUGCCCUUUCUUUUUGGAGCUUCCAUUUCGCAAGCUUAUGUGCAUUUGGACUACUUGCUUACGUUGGUUACAUUAUCUAUGCUUUCCCUUCCUUAUUUCGUCUGCACCGACUGAAUGGCCUGCUUCUUGUUUUCAUUCUCUUUUGGGCUGUUAGCACCUAUAUAUUUAAUGUGGCAUUUACAUUUCUGAAUUGGAGACUUGGACAGGACAUGAAAAUCUGGGAGAUGGUGGGUCUGUGGCACUAUCCAAUACCUGGGUUUUUUUUGCUUGCACAAUUUUGUCUUGGAAUUUUGGUGGCAUUGGGUAAUCUUGUGAACAAUUCUGUUUUCCUCUGCUUGUCUGAUGAGGGAGGACAAACUUUAAAUGACUAUACCUCGGUCAAAGUAGAGGGAGAGACCAAGGUAUUGAUUGUUGCAACAAUAGCAUGGGGAAUGCGCAAAUGCUCGCGGGCUAUAAUGUUGGCAUUGAUCUUUCUCAUUGCUAUAAAACCUGGUUUCAUCCAUGCUGUAUAUAUGAUUUUCUUCUUGAUUUAUCUUUUGAGCCACAGUAUCAGCAGAAAGUUAAGACAGGGUUUGAUUCUUCUCUGUGAGAUUCAUUUUGCACUAUUGUAUAUUCUUCAAAUUAAUUUGGUUUCUUCUGCACUGGAGAAGAAAGGCUCUGUAAGCAUGGAAAUUGUAAUGCAAUUAGGCUUUCUUGAAGAAGAUAGUGCCUGGGAUUUCUUGGAAGUAGCAUUGCUUGCUUGCUUUUGCACAAUUCAUAACCAUGGUUUUGAGAUGUUAUUUUCAUUUUCUGCUAUCAUACAGCAUGCCCCUAGCCCUCCUAUUGGAUUUAGCAUCUUGAAGGCCGGGCUUAACAAAUCUGUUCUAUUGUCUGUAUAUUCUUCCUCGUCUGUGAGAAACAGUGCUGAAAGUUUCUCUUAUGAAAGAAGAAUUGCAUCAUACCUCAGUGCAAUUGGGCAGAAGUUCCUAUCUAUAUACCGAUCAUGUGGCACCUACAUUGCUUUCUUGACUAUUCUUUUUACAGUAUACAUGGUGAAGCCUAAUUACACAUCAUUCGGUUACAUAUUCCUUCUCCUUCUGUGGAUUAUUGGAAGACAACUUGUUGAGAGAACAAAAAGACAGCUUUGGCUUCCAUUGAAAGUAUAUGCAGUUUCAGUGUUUAUCUUCAUAUACAGCUUGAGCAGCUUCUCAAGCCUCGAGAUGUAUUUGUCCAGAAUGAUAGAUCUCUAUUUUUAUCUGGGAUAUGACUCAAAAGCAUCUUCUUUUGACAAUGUUUGGGAGUCUCUAGCAGUCUUAAUUGUUAUGCAACUUUAUAGCUAUGAGAGGAGGCAGAGCAAGCAGAACAGACAGGUUUACUUGGAUCAGUUGGAACCAGGGCCACUUGGGUUUAUCAAGCGAUUGCUUAUCUGGCACAGCCAGAAGAUCUUGUUUAUUGCUUUGUUUUAUGCAUCUUUAUCCCCAAUCAGUACAUUUGGGCUCUUGUAUCUUCUUGGCUUGGUUUUCUGCUCCACAUUACCAAAAAUUUCUAGUAUCCCAUCCAAAUCUUUCUUAGUAUACACAGGUUUUUUGGUGACAGCCGAGUAUCUUUUCCAGAUGUGGGGUGAGCAAGCUAAAAUGUUUCCUGGACAAAAGUACUCUAAUUUAUCGGUCAUCUUGGGCUUCCGUGUAUACAGCCCAGGAUUUUGGGGUCUAGAAUCAGGAUUAAGGGGGAAAGUGCUGGUUAUCGUGGCUUGUACUCUUCAAUACAAUGUCUUCCGUUGGCUGGAAAGGAUGCCAAAUAUAGUUCUAAACAAUGAACAGUGGGAAGAACCUUGUCCUUUGUUUGUUUCCACAGAAGAUGCAUUUGAUGAUGUUACUAUAUGCAAUGAGGAAAGUAAACCGUCGUGUAAUCAUCACCCGCCAGCUGCAUUACAAGAAGGGGCAUCUAGCAAGUCGCCGGAAAUUGUGACCUCUGGUUUGCCUCGAGCACAUGAUAUUCCAUCUGCUAAUACUGGAGGUUCUGACAGUAACAGCAAAAAGUAUUCAUUCGGGUUUAUCUGGGGAAGCAACAAGGAGAGCCACAAGUGGGACAAGAUGCGAAUUGUUUCUUUGAGAAAGGAGCGGUUUGAAACACAGAAAACUGUCUUAAAAAUAUAUAUGAAAUUUUGGAUGGAGAAUAUAUUUAAUCUGUUGGGUCUGGAGAUAAACAUGAUCACUUUACUACUGGCAAGCUUUGCCUUGUUAAAUGCACUAUCCAUGCUAUAUAUUGCACUGCUUGCUGCUUGUAUUCUUCUGAAUCGGCAAGUUAUCCGCAAAAUCUGGCCCAUCUUUGUCUUUUUGUUUGCUUCCAUUCUCAUCCUGGAAUAUUUUGUCAUCUGGAAGGAUAUGUCACCUUUGAAUUCCCAUGCUACAAGUGAGAUUCAUUGCCAUGACUGCUGGAAAACUUCAACUCUGCAUUUCCAUUAUUGUGAGAAAUGUUGGCUUGGACUUGUUGUUGAUGAUCCCCGAAUGCUGAUCAGCUACUUUGUGGUAUUCAUGCUGGCUUGUUUCAAACUUCGUGCUGAUCGCCUGUCCAGCUUUUCAGGGUCGUCAACAUACCGUCAGAUUAUGUCUCAACGUAAGAACACAUUUGUUUGGAGAGAUCUAUCGUUUGAAACUAAAAGCAUGUGGACCUUUCUUGAUUAUUUAAGGCUUUACUGCUAUUGCCACCUGUUAGAUCUUGUGCUAAUAUUAAUUUUGAUUACUGGAACACUGGAGUAUGAUAUUCUGCAUCUUGGUUAUCUUGCCUUUGCUCUGGUAUUCUUUCGCAUGAGACUUGAAAUACUGAAGAAGAAGAACAAAAUAUUCAAGUUCUUGCGUGUUUACAAUUUUGUUGUUAUUAUACUUUCUCUUGCUUAUCAGUCUCCUUUUGUUGGGGGGCCAAGUGCUGGAAAGUGUGACACAGCAAAUACCAUCUAUGAGAUGAUUGGUUUUUAUAAAUAUGAUUAUGGUUUUCGGAUUACUGCAAGAUCUGCAAUUGUAGAGAUUAUCAUUUUUGUGCUGGUAUCACUUCAGUCAUACAUGUUUUCCUCUCAAGAGUUUGAUUAUGUGUGUCGCUACCUGGAAGCAGAGCAAAUUGGCGCAAUUGUGCGUGAGCAAGAGAAAAAGGCUGCAUGGAAAACUGAACAAUUACAACAAAUUCGUGAAAGUGAGGAGAAAAAACGACAGCGUAAUAUGCAGGUGGAGAAGAUGAAAUCUGAAAUGCUAAACCUGCAAAUACAGCUCCAGAGCAUUAACACAUCCACUAAUUGCAUUGAUGGAGUUUCUCACAGCAGUGAGGGUUUAAGAAGGAGAAGGAGUGCUUCUCUUGUAUCAAAUAAUGACAUUGGAAUCCCUGAUAAAGAAGACCAGGUUUUGGGGAGACUAGAUUAUGCAAUAAGACAGGAUGCUGUUUUCCCAACUGAAUCACAUGAAUCAUCUGCUUGCAUGGAUGUAGAAACUCCAUUAACAGAGGAGUACAUAAAGCAAUCAGUCGAUUCUCCUCUAUGUGAAAUUACUGAAAUAGACAUUGAUACUCCUUCUAGUGAUUCGGGAAAAAAGGGAAAAGUUAAAGGGCAAGCAAAAGAAAACCCAUUGAAAUCUGCUGUACAAUUAUUAGGUGAUGGUGUUUCCCAGGUGCAGUCCAUUGGAAAUCAGGCAGUUAAUAACUUAGUGAGCUUUCUGAACAUUUCACAAGAAGAUUCUGAUUCCAAUGAACACACAAACACAGUGGAUCAGAUAUAUGACGAGAUGGAAAGUCAGAAAUCUCGGCAUAUAUAUUUGGAUCGAGCUUCAUCUUUGCAGUCUGAUAGAAGUUCUGAUGCUGCAAGUCUGCAGUUAGGAAGGAUCUUUCGUUAUAUAUGGUACCAGAUGCGUUCCAACAAUGAUGUAGUAUGUUACUUUUGCUUUGUUCUUGUGUUCUUAUGGAACUUCAGUUUGCUAUCAAUGGUGUAUCUUGGCACUCUUUAUUUGUAUGCUUUAUGGGUGAAUACAGGCCCAAGUUACAUCUUCUGGGUUAUUAUGUUGAUCUAUACAGAACUUUACAUUUUAUUUCAGUAUUUGUAUCAAAUCAUCAUCCAGCACUGUGGGUUGAGUAUUGAUCCUGGCCUGUUGAGAGAAUUAGGUUUUCCAACACACAAGGUCACAUCUUCAUUUGUUGUCAGUACAUUGCCUCUUUUUCUUGUCUAUUUAUUUACCCUCAUUCAAAGUUCCAUAACACCCAAGGAUGGCGAAUGGAUGUCUUCUACCGACUUCAAAUUUAAGAGGAAUGAUCUCCACACAAAAGAUAAUCCAACUCGUUAUAGCUGGCGAGAGAAAGCAUGGGAUCUGCUAACUCAGAUGACUAACAUGGUAAAACUGGUAGUGAGAAGCUUUUUUAGGUACUGGAAAUCACUCACACAGGGAGCAGAAUCAUCCCCUUAUUUUGUUCAGGUGUCUAUGGAUGUCAACUUCUGGCCAGAGGAUGGGAUUCAACCAGAGAGAAUUGAAUCUGGAAUUAAUAAGUUACUCAGAGUUAUCCACAAUGAUAAGUGCAAGGAAAAGAACCCAAAUAUUUGCCCUUUUGCUAGUAGGGUUAACAUUCAAAGCAUUGAAAGAAGUAAAGAGAAUUCCAGUGUUGCCUUGGUGGUUUUCGAGGUUGUGUAUGCCUCACCUGUAACUGAUUGUUCUUUAGCAGAAUGGAAUAAAUCUUUAACUCCAGCAGCUGAUGUUGCCAAGGAAAUUCUCAAGGCUCAGCGUGCAGGUUUUGUAGAAGAAGUGGGUUUCCCUUACCGUAUUCUUUCUGUAAUUGGUGGAGGCAAGAGAGAAAUUGAUCUGUAUGCCUACAUAUUUUGUGCAGAUUUGAUUGUAUUCUUUCUUGUUGCCAUCUUCUACCAGUCUGUCAUAAAAAACAAAAGUGAGUUCCUUGAAGUGUAUCAGCUUGAAGACCAGUUUCCAAAAGAAUAUGUCUUUAUGUUGAUGGCUAUCUUCUUCUUGAUUGUACUUGAUCGUAUAAUAUACCUCUGCUCAUUUGCCACGGGGAAAGUGAUAUUCUAUAUUUUCAACCUCAUUCUCUUCACGUAUUCAGUUACAGAGUAUGAUUGGCAAUUGGAUCCAUCUCGACAGCGUGCAGCUCAGUUUGCUCUCCGUGCCAUAUUUCUUGCGAAAGCAGUUUCCCUAGGAUUGCAGGCUGUACAAAUCCGAUAUGGCAUUCCUAACAAGAGCACAUUGUAUCUACAAUUUUUGACCAGUGAAGUUUCACGAAUCAACUACUUAGGAUAUAGACUUUAUCGUGCUCUGCCAUUCCUUUAUGAAUUACGAUGCGUACUUGAUUGGUCGUGCACAACUACAUCCCUCACCAUGUAUGACUGGCUAAAGCUUGAGGACAUAAACGCAAGUUUGUACCUUGUCAAAUGUGAUUCAGUCUUGAAUAGAGCUACACACAAACAGGGGGAGAAGCAAACGAAAAUGACCAAAUGCUGCAACGGCAUUUGCCUGUUUUUUGUACUGAUAUGUGUUAUAUGGGCUCCAAUGCUGAUGUAUAGCAGUGGUAACCCCACAAACAUUGCAAACCCCAUUAAAGAAGCUAGCUUUCAAGUUGAUAUCAAGACAGUCAGUGGAAGGUUGAAUUUGUACCAAACUACUCUGUGUGAAAGAAUCCAGUGGGAUUCACUCAAUUCGGAAGUCAAUCCUGAUCCCAAUGGCUAUUUAAAUGCAUAUAAUAAGAAUGAUAUCCAGUUGGUAUGCUGUCAAGCUGAUGCUAGUACAUUAUGGCUUGUUCCACUUGUUGUUCAGGCUAGAUUGAUUCAGUCCCUCGAAUGGUAUACCGACAUGGAAAUUUUUUUCACCUGGGUACUUUCAAGGGACAGGCCAAAAGGGAAAGAAGUUGUGAAAUAUGAAAAGACCAUUGAUCCACAAUAUCUCCCAUUACAGUCUGAUGUUCAAAAAGUUCUUAACGGCUCUAUGAACAGCUUUAGGCUUUAUAAUGUUUAUCCAAGAUACUUCCGUGUCACUGGUUCAGGCGACGUUAGACCCUUGGAGGAGGAUGGUGCUGUUAAUGCUGAUCUUGUUUUAAAUCGUGAGCAGUUUGAGUGGUGGGCCUUUAAAGAUGUUAAUCCACCAAAUAUAAGUAGAUUUUGUGGUGGUUUGACAGGACCUAUGGCAAUCAUAGUAUCUGAGGAAACACCACCACAGGGUAUUCUUGGUGACACACUCAGCAAGUUCAGCAUAUGGGGGCUUUACAUAACCUUUGUUCUAGCUGUUGGACGCUUCAUCAGACUCCAGUGUUCUGACUUAAGGAUGAGAAUUCCCUUCGAGAACCUACCUUCCUGUGAUAGGUUAAUAGCCAUUUGCGAGGAUAUAUAUAAUGCAAGAGCUGAGGGUGAGCUUGGAGUUGAAGAGGUACUUUACUGGACACUGGUGAAGAUAUAUCGGUCCCCACACAUGCUGCUUGAGUACACCAAUCCUGAUUAAAACGUAAUGGGUUGAGCACCUUCUUAUGGUCAUAAAUGUUAACUGGGCUUAAUGCUAACAUAUGGUUUGAGUGCCAUGCAAAUAGAACGAGGUCAGACGGGGGCAGUACUAUGCAGGUGGAAUACCGCAUAAGAAGUUUAUACUUUGCAACGAGUUUGGUGUGGUAUUCAGUAUGGAUUAUGAAUCAUUUCUCUGGCAAGGGUGGCAUCGUGAGACAUGAUUAUGUAAAUUAUACAUGCAUGAUAGAAAGUUUGUAGUAACUAUUUUAGGGGAAAUCAUGUAUACAAUGUAAAAUGUAAUCAAUAUUCAAUCCCAGAGUUAUAGUGAAGCAAUUGAGCAAAUUUGUAUAGUUAACCAGGAACAGCAAUUUUCUCCUACCAUUUUUCUCA